UACAAUGUGAUAAAAGUUGCUGACUUUGGUCUCUCGGAAGAUGUGUAUGCCAGAAACUACUUUAGACAAUUGUCAACACAAGAAGAGGAUGGAGAGACUCCAGUGAAGCUGCCAGUGAGAUGGAUGGCUCUGGAGAGUCUGAAUGACGGAAUCUUCUCUGAGAAAACUGAUGUGUGGUCAUUUGGAGUUACAUGUUGGGAG